AAGAAAUUUCAAAUUCAAAUUCUUUUUUUCAAAUGGAAUCAUAUAUUUUUCUUUUUAUAGUAAGAUGCUAUUUGUUGAAAAAAAUUUAACGAACUAUAAUAUUAUGAAUUUCACGUGAAUUUCAGUGAAAAAAAAUUCGCGAAAUGUGAGCAAUUAAUGUAGAAUGAAAUAAUCAUUGAAUCAUUUUUUAUUGAUGGCAGUUUGAAUGGUCAAAAAUAUUCAAUGGAAUUUAUCAUUUUAAUUUUUUUAAAUAAAAUAUAGUCAUCCGUUAAUCUGAAUUGUAAGAAUGUAUGCGACAUGUUGAAUUAUUUGUUAGGAACAGUUAAGGUCCAGUCACAUUUGAAGACUUUAUUCGCUACUAUUGUGUGACAGAUUAGUUCCCAUUCUUAUUUCAAGUAACGGUUAUAAACGCACACGACAAUUUGAAUUAAACAUUCAAUUCUACUCGCCAGGAGUAUACUAUUUUAGUGGUCAUGUGACUUACCGUGAAAAAUUUCUGUAACAUUGCAUGUGAUAAGUCAAUCGCGUCAUCGUUUCUACUUAGCACGUGUUGCAACUUGUAUUGAGAUUAUAUUAUUAUAUGUAGUUUUUUGUUUAUCAUGACUGAUGAAAUAAAGCGACUCGAAGCUGCAGAUCUCAUCAUUAGCAAUUAUAUGAGACAAGUUAAUAGUACUUGAUGUGGUGAUUUAGUUGUUUCUUCUAGUAGCAACGAGUAAAAUAAUCACUUGUAAUAGGACCUUUAGGAAAGAACCUGAGCGCUCCUGAAAAUCUUGGAAAGAAGCUUGCGGUAAUCGCAGUCAUAAAGGGCGGUUAUUUAUGAAGCGAGUUAUGUUAUGCAAAAAUAAUACACUUAUAUGUUUGUAUGCAUACUGUUGACUAGUCGUCGGUGACCAGAUCGACAAACAAUAAAAAAACCAGGCGAUCAAAUUGGUCAUCGGGACCAGUGAAGUAUAUUGAAUCAAAUGCACUCAUUUGUAUCACAAACAAAUUUUUUGAAGAUAAGACACUGACGAAUGUGUUCAAGGGGUCAAAGGUGACUUUCUUCACUACAUAUGCUUAAAUUCGCCAUUAAAACUAGAUUUUACGAUACGGACAAAUUCGAGUUGCAAAAUUUGAUUGCCGAAUUUGAUCGCUUGGUCUUUUGUGACUGAUUGCUGGCAAUCUGCUUGCCGCCGACUGAUCAAUAAUGCGCACACAGUUUGAGUCAUGUUUUUUUUUAAUUUAUUAUUUUUACUAUACUUUUGUAUAGAUAUGUACAUCUAUAUAAACUAAAUUCAAUAUUUUGAUUAAUUUAGACGUUCACGACCUUACUACAAAAGAAAAUUUUUCGACUGAAAUUGAAGAUCAAGGCAGUCUGUAUUUGGUUCUAAAAUUUUGUAAUACUAUGUACUGUUUCUUUGCAAGUUAGUAAUAUUGCAAUGUAAUUACAAAUAAAUACAGAUUUGAACUUGAAUAUGAAUAUGAAUAGUAAUAAUUAAUUAUUAAUAUGGGCCGAGAUGUUGCAAAUAUCGAGAACUGCUUUAUAUCAUUAAUCUGCGCAUUCUUUACAUCAUUAUUGAUGAUAAUACGUAAAGUAAGCACAAGGUUAGCGUACAAUAAGUGCAAAAUAAACGCAGAAUUCGUAGUAUAGACUAUAAGGUAAGAAUAGAAAGAGGAUAUGAAAUAUAAAAUGAGGGUGUAAAAAAACGCAGAAUAUAAGAUGUAAGAUAAGCGCAGACUGAUAAUGUAAUGUAAGUGCAGAAUAAUGAUAUAAGGAAUGGGCAAUAUAAUGAUGUAAGGGAUGCAUAGAAUAAUAAUGUAAGGAAUAUGCGAGUAUAAUGCGAGCAUGAGAGUAUGCAAAUAUACGAUUGAACAUUUCUGGCCAUUCAAACUGUUAUCGAUAAGAAGUUCAACAAUUAUUUCACUUUGCAUCAAUUGUCCAAAUUUUGUGAAUUUUGUUGCACUCAGUUAUAAUAUUAUAGUUCGUUGAAUAUGUUUUAACAAUUGUCAUCAUAUUAUGAUAAGAAAAAUAUAUGGUUUCAUUUAAAAAAAUAUAUCUGACUUUGAAAUUUCUUCCACUACUCGAUCUAUAAAAAAAUUAUUUGCACCAUAUGAUAUCCUCCUUCAUGCUAAAGAAUAUUUGUAAAAACUUUUUCGUAUAGAUUAUAUCGCUCACAAAAUAUUCCAAUAUUAAAAGUUAAAGGAAACAUUCUGUAUAAUACGUACAUAUUAUGCAUAUACAAGCAUGUAUGUGUUACUUUAUUUUAGAAUAUCAAUUUCAUCCUAUCGAAAUAUUUUUCCACCCCAGCAACCUUAUGGAUAAAAUGGAGAGACAAAUGCGUGAGUUUUCAUAAGAGCAUAGCCAGAUCCCAGCUAAUACUCACACGCAUUGGUUCGACCAUCUGCCAUUAUCAUUUCGCUAACUGACUUAGUAGCUUCGUUUUCGCGAUUACACAUGGUCCGAUACGAACAUAGUGUGGUGUUUAAUUUUUUUUUUAAAUAAUUCAGGUGUUAUUGAAAUAUAUCUACUGGUUUUUUAGUCGAUUGCCUUAAUGGACGGGUUCGUAUAAUAAUUAACGUAUUUUGUGUUAAGGUAUGAUUUAUCAACAAUUUAUUUUCAUUUUUUACAGACCGUUUAAUCAUACCAUAAUUCAGCGAUUAAUGUUAAUUCAAUUUAUUAUUACUGUUUUUACGUGUGUCUACGUUAAAGCCGGAAAUUAUCAUAACGAAUGGGUUUUGCGAAUAACUGGUGGAGCUGAUGUAGCGUCUUUAUUGGCAAAACAAUUCGAUUAUACUUAUCUUGGUCCGGUUCGUGGAUUUGAAGACACGUAUAUAUGGAUUAAGAACGAUAAACCAGGUCAAAAGAAGAGAGGCUACGUCUCGUCAAUGGCAACCUUUAAUUCGAGCUCUAGGAUCAGUUGGGUCGAGCAGCAGAAAUUCGUACGUCGAGAGAAACGUGACUACAUGUCUCCAUUGAUAUUUGAUUCAGAGAAACCUUUGAGGCGAGAAAAGCGUCUCCCAUGGAGUUUAUAUGGAAUAUCAUCGAAUACGAUCGAGAACGACGAGAGAAAAUAUCUACCUAUUUAUUCGACGGAUACAUAUAAUUUAAAUCGCAAAGCAUUAUUUAAUGACGAGCUUUGGGAUUUGGAAUGGUAUUUGCAAGAUACUAGAACGAGUAAGAAACUUCCGAAAUUAGAUCUCAAUGUGUUGCCUGUUUAUAAGUUGGGAGUGACUGGACGUGGAGUGAGAAUCGCUGUUUUAGACGAUGGCCUGGAACAUGAUCAUGAUGAUUUACGUAAUAAUUAUGAUCCGGAUAUCAGUUACAACGUGAACGAAGGUAGCAACGAUCCAAUGCCACGAUACGAAGCUACUGGUAUCUUUAAUUGUAUUGAUUUUCCUUAUGUGUUCAUUUAUGAUAACUUUAGAGAUUCACUCUCUCUCUCUCUCUCUCUCUCUCUCUCUCUCUCUCUCUUUCUUUCUUUUUCUCUGAAUCUUUUAGGAGCGAACGCCCACGGAACAAGAUGUGCCGGUGAAAUAGCAAUGGAAGCAAAUAAUGGAAAGUGUGGAGUUGGUGUGGCUUUCGAAGCGUCCAUAGGUGGAAUUAAAUUACUCGAUGGUUUUGUGAACGAUCGAGUCGAGGGUGAAGCACUUGGAUUCAAGCCGGAAAUCGUUGAUAUCUAUACGGCUUCCUGGGGACCACCAGACGAUGGAAAAAGUUUGGAAGCUCCUGGAAGACUCGCAAGAGAAGCGAUCGAUCGUGGUAUCAAUAAGGGAAGAAAUGGUAAAGGUAGUAUAUACGUAUGGGCGUCGGGUAAUGGUGGAUCAAACUAUGAUAAUUGCGGAUGUGAUGGUUACGUUGGUAGUAUAUAUACCGUGGCGAUUGGAUCGGCAAGUCAAACUGGUCGAUCUCCUUGGUACAGUGAAAAGUGUCCUGCGAUAUUAGCGACUACGUAUAGCAGUGGAGCGUAUCAAGAUCAAAUGAUCGCGACGACUGAUCUACGAAACACUUGUACAACUAAACACACUGGUACUUCCGCUUCUGCACCCUUGGCAGCUGGAAUAUUAGCUCUUGCUCUUCAAGCGAACAAAAAUUUGACGUGGAGGGACAUUCAACAUCUGAUCGUUUGGACAUCUGAGUAUAAAUCAUUAAAUGAAAAUCCUGGAUGGUUGAAGAACGCAGCAGGAUUUUGGUACAAUUUACAUUUCGGUUUUGGUCUUAUGAAUGCAUACGCCCUCGUAAAUUUCGCACGUAAUUGGACAAACGUACCGGAGAAAAACAUAUGCGAAGUCCCCAUGGAAUUCGUAUUGGAUAGGAGACUGACUCACGGAGUGAUUAAAACAUUACAUUUUGAGGCAAACACCAAAUGUUCGAGUAGCGGAAACGAGAUAGCAUUUUUAGAGCAUGUCGAGAUCGAGAUGAAUCUCGAAUAUUCUUGUCGUGGUGUUUUGGAAAUGUAUUUAAUUGCGCCAUCAGGUACGAAAGUACAAUUAUUGAGUCCAAGAAAAUUGGAUGAUUCUUCUGAAGGUUUCGACAAAUGGAAAUUCAUGUCCGUGGCUUCUUGGGGUGAAAAUCCUCAUGGUACUUGGAUCCUACACAUAUUCGACAAGAUUGGCUCAACUAGAUACAAUGGUACAAUCGGGGAAUUGAAAUUAAUUCUUCACGGCACAAAAUGGCUGCCGUAUUAUCGAAAAUACGAGUCGAGAAUCUACGAUCGUGAAUACAAUUGCAAAUGAAAAGCCAUGAAUAAAAAGAGUGCUUUUCGAGCGAACAACGAAAUAGAAGAAAGAAAAAAAGCAAACCUGUGGUAGAACAAAAACUACGUCGGCUCUUUAUACUCGAUCUUUAGAACAGAAGUCGAUCGAACGUUUGACCGAAUUAAAUUUAAAUCCAUGUUUCUCAUCCCUUCUUUCGUUCUCUUGGAGAAUUUAUAUCUCUGAUGAAGUAGAAAAGGACGCAUUGAUAUUCGUUUAAAUGAAUCAUAAAGCUGAAUAUACGAAAAAGAAAUUAUUUAAUUAGAAUAAAGAAAUAAAAACGAAAAGAAGAUGAAAAAGAAGAAGAAAAGAAAAAUUGUCUCUUAGAAUAAGAAAUGUAAUCGUUUUUUUAAAUACAUUGUAAUUCUCAAAACAGAAGAUUUGUAUAAUUCUAGAAUAACAAGAUCGUUGAUAAGAAUGAUAAAUAAAAAAUGAAUGAACUGUUACGAUCUUGAUAGGAUCGUCAAACUUUAAGUGAAGACCAUAAAAAAAGGUUAUUUUUCUCUAGCAAAUUUGCUCUCGAAAUAGUGGGCGAAAAUACCACGUGGCAGCGCUGCCGUCGACCUGACAUUGCGGCUGGCUCGGGGGUGAAAUGGGGUUGAUUUGAUCAGUAGCAUGUUGCCCUUUGUAACGUGAACGUCGAUGUUCGCGUGCAUCAUGACGUGUCUAAAAAUACUACGUCAACGUAGCAUUCCUUUCUGGUGUUGUUUGUCAUCGUUGUUCUUUUUCUGCGGUUAAUUGAUCAUUAAUAAUUUGAAAUACAUUCGUCGAUUUUCGAAGAAUAAAUCAUCAUCGAAAAGGUUUUCCUACAUUUUUUGAAGAAAUUUUGUAACAUGAUCAAUCAUUAUUUCAUAUCGAGUCGAGAUAAUACGAAAAAUAUACGAGACAGAUACGAAAAAGGGUGUGUAAUAUUCACGAAGACAGUUCAAAGGUUUUCGAAGUGGAGGAUACAUGAAAAG